AUGGCAGUAAGUGUGGGAGAGACCCCCUCUUGGCCAGAGACGACGCGUGAGAAUGCACCUGAACCUGGACACUCUUCCAAAGAGAAAGGUCCAGGUGGAGGUGCUGGUGCAGAGAUUCAGCAGGAAGAUUCCUCAAAGCCGGGAGCUGAAGAGCUGCUGCCAAUUCGGAUCCUGAGUCCGGCGGGCGAGGUCGUUCUUGAGGAAGAGCUGCCUGGAAGCAGAACUGUAAGGUCGGUACUGCAGAGCAUUUCUACGGGAGCCUACGGAAGCCUCACUCUGCUACAUGGCACGGAGGUGGUCCCGCACGCCCGGAAGCUCUCGGAGCUGAAAAUCACCGAAGAGGACAAUCUCUGCCUUGUCAGAAGGUCCGUUACCAGCUACACCCACUUGGCGGCGACGGAGCCCGACUUUCGUCUGGUGAAGUGCAUUCUUAUAGGAGGCCCAGAGACUGGCAAGACGGCCUGGAUGCAAGGAUUCUGCCGCGAAGGUUUUCCCCAGCAAUAUCGGCCGACGACAGGCGUCAAGUUCAAGGUCUUCCCGAUGCAGUCCGAGGAUGGUUCGAAGCUGAAAGUACAACUCUGGGACACUGCAGGGAACCUACCAGUCUCGAACGCAUUCUACCGGGGGGCCGAACGCCUUGCAAAUCAAAAGGGGUGGCCCUUCUUUGUCAUCUCGAACAAAUCUGAGCCUUUUGAUGCGCCCCUCUUUGCCUUGCUAGAUCUUGUUAUGAUGAACCAGGACGAGCAGGCCAGCUCCCACGCCCAAGCAGAGACCGUCAACUCCGGGAGGCACCCCUCGGGUGCUCAUCAACGGCACCCCGCGAGACAGAGACCGCACACCACACGAAG